GCAAAGCACAACACGACGCCAUUUUCAGCGUUUUGGGAUCUCUGCCGAGUGGAUCAACAGAGAAACUAGGUCACAAGGUAGUCGAGAGGAAAAUAAAGGGACAGUCUCCAGCAAAACGAAGGAUUUAAUUUGCCGACUUCAGCGCUCCCGACGCACUGACUGAGAGCAAAUGGUUGUGAUCAGCUGGCCCAAACGAAUAAAGUAUUGCAGGGCAGGCCCGGGCUGAUGUGAACCCUGAUCACCUGUAUAAUCCGAGCUAAACAUUAAUCAGAAUGAAAAGAGGACAGAAGAGAGGAGAGCAGUCAGAGGAUGGAGGAGACCCAAGCUCUGUUUUCCCUGAAACCUGCAAAAAGCUUUGUAGAGUGGUUUUAGAGGAGCCUUUGCAGAAGCAGGGGACCUACAACCCAGAGAGCACAGUAGACUGGGGCUGCCUGCCUCAGGAGAUCCUGCUGCAAAUUUUCCAGUAUCUGCCCUUGAUCGAUCGAGCGUUUGCAUCACAGGUGUGCAGGGGCUGGAACCAAGCUUUCCACAUGCCUGAGCUCUGGAGGUGCUUCGAGUUUGAGCUUAACCAACCUGCCAGCUCUUACUUGAAGGCCACACACCCAGACCUCAUCAAGCAAAUCAUAAAGAGACACUCCAACCACCUUCAGUAUGUCAGCUUUAAGGUGGACAGUAGCACUGAAUCUGCAGAAGCAGCCUGUGAUAUCCUAUCUCAACUGGUGAACUGCUCGCUCAAAACCUUGGGGCUUAUAUCCACAGCUCGACCCAGCUUCAUGGAGUUGCCUAAGUCGCAUUUCAUCUCAGCCCUGACUGUGGUAUUCGUAAACUCCAAGUCCCUGUCUUCACUGAAGAUCGAUGACACUCCAGUAGAUGACCCGUCACUCAAAGUUCUUGUAGCCAAUAAUAGCGAUACACUCAAGCUACUCAAGAUGAGCAGCUGCCCUCAUGUCUCGCCUGCAGGCAUUCUGUGUGUUGCUGACCAGUGCCAUGGCCUACGUGAGCUAGCACUUAACUACCAUCUAUUGAGUGAUGAGCUGCUGUUGGCAUUGUCAUCUGAGCGUCACGUGCACCUUGAGCAUCUCCGGAUUGAUGUGGUGAGUGAGAACCCUGGGCAGAUGCAGUUCCAUACCAUCAAGCGCAGCAGCUGGGAGGCCAUGGUUCGUCACUCGCCCAAGUUCAGCCUUGUCAUGUACUUCUUCCUAUAUGAGGAUGAGUUUGGGCCGUUCUUCUGUGAUGAGGUGCCUGUAACACAUCUCUACUUUGGCCGCUCUGUGAGCAGGGAGGUGCUCGGCCGUGUGGGGAUGACAUGCCCUCGCUUGAUUGAGCUAGUAGUGUGUGCCAACGGCCUACACCCUCUCGACGAGGAGCUGAUCCGCAUCGCUGAGCGCUGUCAGCAUCUGUCAGCUAUCGGUCUAGGGGAGUGUGAGGUCUCCUGCAGUGCAUUUGUGGAGUUUGUGAAGAUGUGCGGCCGGCGCCUCUCUCAGCUCUCCAUCAUGGAGGAGGUGCUGGUGCCUGAUGACAAGUAUGGCCUUGACGACAUCCACUGGGAGGUCUCGAAGCAUCUGGGCCGUGUCUGGUUUCCCGAUAUGAUGCCCACCUGGUAGAGUACAGGUAUAUUACUGUGCAUGAGUUUUACACACUUCUGCACACUGAGCAGUGUCCAACCCAACUUACAUCACAGGAGUGAAUAUUCACAUUUCACUGAAUUUUCAGUAUUACUAGAAGGAUAAAAAAAUGAAACGCCACAGCUUUAUUCAUCUUUCACUACAAGUAACAUUCUUCUAAUUGAUACAGAACUCAAAUACCUUUUAGCCAUGUGUUAAAUAUUUUCAUUUAAAUGUCUAAAAGCUGUUUUAGUUUGUGUAAUUUAUCGACCCUCUGCCAUUCUAAAUAUUUAAUAGUAGUAUCAUUGAUUACAUGACACUUUUUUUUCCCCCCAAUCAUGAAUACAUUUUGCCAUUAAAUCCCCACCAUUUAAACACUAUAGUUCAUAUAUAUUUAGUGCAAAAAAAAAAAAAAGGAUGGUAGGGGUGGUAUUUAUUAUAUAGCUAAUGGGCAGGUAAAAAGACAUCACCCCUUCUCAUCAGAGAUGGUUCAUUUAGUCUGACAUUCUUGAUCCCUAUUUUUUUGUUCCAGAAAUUGUAAAUCCUCAAAGAGUGUCCUGUAGGUCUUUGUGUUUUGGCAUGGAGAGUUCAGUUUUCUGGGCUUAAUCAAGAGUUUGGGCUACUGGGUUUUGAGAUUUACCUGGUUUCCUCAUGUUCAUAUGUGUUCUCUCCAGGUUCUCUGGGUUUCUCCCACUUUCUAUAAACAUGCAGCUAGGUGGAUUGACUAUGCAAAAUUGCCCCAUAGGCCUAAAUAAUGUAUGAAUUUGUGUUAGAACAGUGCCUUGGUAUGAACCUGUGUUCCGUAUCUCAAUACAUUCCAGCUUUCCUGAUGGUUAUCCAAUUGAACAAAAUGUAAAUGUUUGUUAGGAAAUAGACUUUCUGCAAAGUGAAGAUUGAAAUGUCUUAAGUGUUUCCUUUGUCUAUUUUAUAAAUAUAAAACACUUUAUUUUUGAUGCUUUUUAGCUUUCCCUGAAUGUUUAACGAGAUAAAAGCUGUCUUUGCAAAACGUGAAAGAAGAAUUACAUAAGAAAACAGAAAAUAGUUUAUCAAAAGUAUUUCUCUAUACAGGAAAGCAAGCACAUGCCAGUGAAGAUUUAUUUGAAUUUUAUAGUUAGCUAAAUUGAAACUUGUUAGGUUUAUUUACUGUCCUGACAGUUUUGUAAGCAUUUCUGCCCUUGUUAACAAUUAAUAAAAAAAACACAACUGACUGAACAUUAAUAAUAAUUGCAGCUACAGUCAGUAACAAUCAACUUCUAGUAUUUUCUUUGUUAUAGUUAUAGUGUCAGGAUGAUGGCAUAUUACACACAAUCUCACAAGGGUACGUUGAGGCCAUAUUUACUUGGAUGGGCUGCGAAUCCAACAUGACCACAAUCAGGAUAAAGGGUUUACUGUAAGCGAGCGAGAUUGCACAUGAACUUGUACUUAUGAAAUGGAUUUGUGUGUUUCUAGUAUCAGUUUGUAUUACAUAGAAUCUUUAUCUUGUAGCUAUUUUUGACUAAAGCCCAAUUUGUACAUGCUUUAAGGUUUAAAGAAAUUUGCACUAUUCCACACUACCCUGAAGUAGCACAUUUACCUUUUUGUUGUCAUUUUUUGCAGUCAUGUAAGUCAAAUAUCAAAUACUGACUAAUGUAAGUUGGUAACUGAAAACCUUUAUUCUUGAAAGUACCAUUCUCCUUUCUACAUACUAACGAGCCCUGGGUCCUGUGCAUAUUCUUUUUGUUAAAGGAGGUGACUGUAUUUUUGUCAGAGGCAUAAAAGUGAUUAAGUAGUGGGGAUUUUUCCAAUUGAUUCCACUAUUGUGAAACAUUCAGUACAACCUGUAUGACUGAAACCUUUACAGUCCUUCCGGAUAAUAUUGUGUUUAUUUAUACACUUGUAAAAUGUAUUCUGUUCACUUUGUGUGUACAAUUGUUUUUUUUUUCCUCUUCUUUUCUUUUCUUUUUUUUUUUUUUUUUUUUUAAGAUGGAACUGUAAAUGAUGGAACUGCUAAAUAUAAAUUAUGCUUUACAUGAAAAGGAGUUUUCAGCAAGUAAAAGUGUCAAACUGCUUUCUGAUUAGCUGUAUGCAUUGCCAUUUAAUUAUUAUUUUCUGGCUUUUUAUUUGAUAAAUCUCUGUAAAAAAUUAUAAUAAUAAUAAUAAAAAUUAUAUACAAUUAUAUACAAAUAUACAAUUAUUGCCAUAACAUUACCAUAACUUUCAUUAAUUAAGGGGACUGGUAUUUAACCAAAAAUACUGUUUUGAAGGAUAGCAAGCUUUUCAGUUGGAUCCUGUCAAGGUCUGCCACAUCAGUAACGGCAUUUACUAUGAUGACUUGAUAAGCACAAUUUUUUGAUCAAUUGGCUGCUUAAUAAUUGUAUGUAGAACAGUUGUGGCAUUCCUUUACUUUAUGUAAGUUCAAUUAAUGACAUUAAAUGAAGACUAAGUGUGAGACUGGGCAUUUAAAAAUAAAUUGUCUUAAUGACAACAUUAGAUAUGUAAGCUUUGAUGCGUCAAUUAGUGCCAUUGUGAAUUAUGAAAGCAUAUAGCAAUAUGAGCUCAAAUAUGAUUUAUGACCAAAUGCAAACAGUAGGUACAAAAAUAAGGUUCAGCUGGAAGCUGGAUCUAAAUCCUGUAAAGUUCAGUGACAAUUUCUUAUUUACAACUACAUUUCCAAUAUUCCAAUGUCAGUGUAAGUAAAGGAGUCCAGCAGUGGAUUCAUGGUAGAUUCCUGCCUCAUACCCAGUGUUCCUUGAAUAGGCUCAAGAUUCACUGCAUUCCUGACCAGGGUAAAACAGUUACUUAGGAUUAAUAAAAUAUAAAUAAAUGAGAGAACUAAAUGAUCUCAAUGAACAGCAUUACCAGCUCAUCUCUGAAAAGUGAUUGCAUGUGCAUGCAUAACUGCCAGUGGAACUUGUCACAGGGUGUGACUCCAGGAUGACUUGAAAUAAUCCAAUCAAAUAGCUCAGAAUAGAAGGCACAUCAGCUGGACAAUUUGGAAUAACAGUUGUCGGAAUAGAUGAAUGAAUGAAUAAAUGGAAUGUGUCUGAAUAGGUCAAUCACACAAUGUGAUUUAUUUUGUUUCUAAAAAAAGGAGAAAAAGCUUUUGACCCGAUCGUGAAACCUUCACUACAUGGCGGCGCAUCACCAGUAAUUAUAUGCAACUGGUGGUAUCUGGGGAUCAUGGAUUUAUGCCAGUCACCAACUGAAAGGAUUCUGUUAAUUAAGUCUUUAAAAUGAAUUAAUUAUAAAAAUUAAUGUAUGCUCUUGUAUGUUCAGUAUCAGUAUAGUUCACACUAUAGAUUAGCAUGUAUGGGAAUGCCCUCUGUCAUUCUGCUUUUAAAGGAGCUCUCCAGGAUAAAACUAAAAACGAAUUUAUUUUGUUGCUUGGAAUAUUGCUUACUAUCAGAAUUCCUGGCUUUCCUGCAUUGUACUGAAUCAGACACCUUUUUAGCAGAAGACCACUGAAGGCAGGAUAGCAUGUUAGCGUGUUUUUUGGCGAAUUGGAUUAUUUUGUUUUUUCAAGCGCUAGUUAAAAUUCCUAAUCCUGGUGUUAUUUGUCACUCUAGUAAUCUAUUAGCUCCAUUGAAAUAAUCUGUGAAUAAAUGAUAUGGUAACCUUUGUGAUAACACCCUUUAUUUCACUCUUCUUUCUUCAUUACAAAUGCUGUAGUUUGUUUUGCAUCCACCUCCCCAGAAAUUAAACUCCCAAUCUUACUUUGGAGCCGCUGUGUAAAUACUGUAUGUAACAUAUUAAUAGGCUUUUUUUCUUUCUUUUUUUUCUGGCUGAAGGAUUCCUAAACAAUGAUAAUUCUAGACUUUCAAAUGCACAGGAUUACAUAGUCAGAACAAGAAAAGAAAAGUUCAGUCUAGAAUAAUUUUCAACACAGAAUGACAAUGUUUUGCAGCUGUACUGUAUUAUCUGGCUCAGCAAUUAUGUGGCAGGAACAACUAGACAUGAUCACAAUGUAGUCCACAAUGACCAGAUGACAAGAGCCAUCAAUUCAGUCCACAAUAAAUAUUACCCAUGUUUUAUUUCCUCUUGUGUGAAGUCUUUGCUCAAAGUUUAUAAAAAGAGACUCGGGUCUGGUGUGUGAAACUAAACAACUAUUCACUUCUAAGCUUUGAACACUGAUUUUCUGUCUCAUUUUACAAACAGCUUUAGCGUUUUUAGCGUAAACACCAACAGAUUCAUACCAAAUAUAGUUUUACUAUAGUUCUUAAAAGUUCCUUAUAUCAUUUGGAAAAAGGACUGUAUUUUUUGUAUAGAAACAUGGUCAUGUGUUUUACUCUAUGUAAGAAAAGCAAACACUUAUUUUUAUACCAUGCAGAAAUAUUUUGCAGUUUUUAGGAGGGAUAUUCCUUUUUGAGUAAUUUUUUAUAUACAAAAUAACCAGAUUUUACUUUUGCUUCUGCAUUUUCUUGUCUAGUAAUCAGAUGCACAUUACGUAAAUUAUAUGGAUUGCAUUUGUAUUAAGUGGUGAUUUGUUCACAAUGUUGCUGCUUGUAUUUGUGAAAAUAUAUAAUCUUUUGACAUUGAU